AUGUCAGCCGCCAUUGAACAGCGGAAUCAAGAUGCAACUGUCUACGUUGGUAACUUGGAUGAUCGUGUGAGUGAAGAAUUAUUAUGGGAAUUAAUGCUUCAAGCUGGUAGUGUUUCCAAUGUCCAUAUGCCACGUGAUAAAGUAACUGGUAGUCAUCAAAAUUACGGGUUUGUGGAAUUUCGUUCCGAAGAAUGUGCGGAAUAUGCGGUCAAAGUAUUGAAUAUGAUCCAACUAUAUGGCAAAGUCAUUCGAGUAAAAAAAGCCUCAAAUGAGAAAAAAAGCCUCGAUGUGGGUGCAAAUCUCUUUUUAGGGAAUUUAGAUCCAGAGGUGGAUGAAAAGCUACUGUAUGAUACAUUUUCAGCAUUUGGUGGCAUUAUUGAGACUCCAAAGAUCAUGCGUGAUCCAGAGACAAAAGGAUCAAGAGGGUUUGGUUUUGUCAGUUUUGAUUCCUUUGAAGCAGCUGAUUUAGCAAUUGAAUGCAUGCAUGGACAAUAUUUAUGCAAUCGUCAAGUUGUGGUACAAUAUGCCUUCAAGAAAGAUAGUCAAAAUGAACGCCAUGGAUCAGAAGCUGAAAGACUGUUAGCACAGAGGAAUCCAAAUAAAUUAAAACCUCAUACAAUGUUUGCUUUUACCGCAGCAGGAGGGGGACCAGGUAUACCAGGACAAUUUAAUCAGGGAGGAUACAUGAUGGACAUGGGAAUGAUGCCACCGCCACCACCACCACCACAAAAUUUAGGCAUGGGGAUGACGUAUCCACCACCACCAGUAGCGAUGAUGGGGGUGCCACCGCCGCCACCGCCACCACAAAUGAGAUAG